CCGCGAUUGCAUCGACUGUCAACGGUGGAGAGACAUGCGCCAUGGAGACGGAGGACAUUCUUAAGGGUUUUGCAGAUGGCAGCAAGGAAGGGAAUUCGGCACGAGGGAACAACGCACACUGUGCAGAGGUGCUUGCGACAAUAUGUGCACAUACUGCAAAGAUGAUGGGUGAUGGUAAUGAAACAGAGAAUGAUGCAGGAGGGAACACUUGUGAGACGGAAACGGUUGGGGAAGAGAGAGAGGAGGGAGAUCUGGGAAGCAGGGAAUCUCUGACAGGGUGUAUUGUCAGAGAUGAAAAUAUGGUGAAGACAUCAGCAGGAGAAGAGUACCCAUAUGACAUCAAUUGGGUGCCGGGUCGUGUUCAACCGGGUAUUGUUGGAGCACCCUGGUUUGCAUUCAAAGUCGAAGGGACAUGGGUUUCAUUUCCUGCCCCCAAAAAUAAUACAUGGCGAAACGUGACUCUGGCAAUCGUGUUUGACAGACUAUUAAGGUUGAACGUUAGGGCAACAACAGAGGUGAAAGCACAAUAUGCAAUGGACGUGUGGCGUGUUCUGGAGGCGCAAGGCGAGUUCAGGCUGAACGAUUUUUUGUACGACAAUUUUGAUUGUGGAAAGACAUGGGUGAUUGGCGGGAACGACGCAACAGGGAGUACGGCGUGCCACGAGAGCGAUGCGAGGAGGGAUCCUAGGUGGGGUUGGGUGCCAUGUGUGAUCCCGAUUCCAUGUGGCCGUGUGAGGAUGAUGAUGCGUGAUGCCAUGGGAAAUGUCUGGAGCACGCAUUAUAUGAAUGGCAACUUCUCCUUCAGUCACCUCGAGAGGGAGGUCUCAGAAGACGAGAAGAAGGCAAUGACAUGUAAUACCCACACUGCUAGCUGCUUUUUCCCGCCGCUUCGGAACCCUGUGGACUCGGAGGUCGUUGAAGGGAAAGUUUUCACUGGAUGUUUGCAUCCUGCAAUGGUUGAUGGCAAGGUGACGAUGGCAGCAAGACUGCAAUCAGGGCAUUGGCUCCCAUUGGGAUGGAUGCAUGCAGGCAUUGUGGAGCAUUGGMAGUUCCUAGUGGUUCUGGCACGUGUCUCAAUUUUCAAUGUGAAUGUAARGGAYCACGUCCUGGUGGUUGAACACGCAAAGCGGUGCUGGGAGAAGAUAAGGGAGGAGGAGYGUCAGAUGGUGUGUGCGGGUUAUGACUCCAUGGCUGACCAGGGGAUGUGGUCCAUGGUUGAGGGGAGUUGUACGGCCCAAGAGCACGACGACAGUGAGAACGGAUACAUGGCUCGCAUUCGCCGCAGGCACGGUUGCACGACCGUUCUUGGUUGGGUCCCGGACGUGGAGGCUGCUUUUGCAGAGGUAAUAAAGUAUGCAAAGAAGGGCGUCCACUACAACAGUGACAGCGAGUUGUCUUUGCUUCAGGAAAGGGUCCCGAGGUACUUCAUAGUCGCUGUGGAUAUGAGAUCCACAAUCGUGGCAAAUGGCGAGGGCUGUGUCAAAGCACGAACACUCUUGCAAUGCUUCAGAGAGUCACCACAUGUACGUGUGGACAACGAUGUGGAACAUAGUGCAUACAGUCUAAAAGGAGUGGUCCAGUGGAUCUGCAUCGAAGAGAUGUGCGAAGAAGGAGAYGUGGACAUGACAAUGYAGCAGACAGGGGGGACAUAUACAYCUGCGAACUUGGGCAAGUUGCUGGCCACUGUCGCACGGAAUGGGGGAAUGCUGGUUGAUGGGUCGAAGGACGAGUUGAAGAGCGGUGCUGCAGAAAUAUUGGUGUUGUCCAGAAUGAAGGACAUUACAYAAACAACGCCAGAAGACUUUCAAGAUUUUYCUGUCAUUGUCGUAGAUGGUGUGGAAUAUACUCUGUUGGAUCAACUUGUGGACUUCAUGAAAAAGAGUGACAACGACAGGAACGUCAUCCAUGAGRCGUUGCACGAAGUGACAGAGUUUGCACUSCAGGUGAAUCUCGUGAGCGAUGAGAGCGAGGACAUCGGGGCCCCCGAGAAUGUAGACGGCGAGGGCGGGACAUUUGAAGAGCAGCAACCGCAGCCUGUCAAAUUUUUUGACAGCUCUCGCAAGCUGGCGGCACUGAUUUUCUCCGUCAGGGGCGACGUCGAACCUCGGACGAUGUGCACAGCGCGGCCCGAGAGGAAGCAGAAGAGGAACACGACCAGUCCAUAUCAGAAAAGUCUGACGGGGAGGAGAACGAGGCAACAAGUGACGAGGGAGGUGACAGUAAAACUUCCGACGGACAUUCUCGCAACACUUACGACGCUGAUGACGAGGACGGCAGGAGCAGCGACAGCACAGCGCAGGACGAGGGCAGUGAAGGGGCAGGCGAAGACGACAGAAGCGCGAACGGAAGAGGGAGUUCCUCAUCUCCGGGAAGAAUGCGACGCACGAGGGAAGCCGAAAGUGGCGGCGAGGGAGGCGCAGCCGACGCGCCCUCCAUUGACAGACAACUAGUGAGGCACGACAACGCAGUUAAAAAAGAUAAACAAAAUGUGCUGAAGUUG